AUGAGUUGCCUGGAUGUUAUGUAUCAUCAGAGUUAUGGAGCUCAUCAUUACUUGCCGGCGACAUCUGCGGCGGCAGCAGCAGCCUACAAAGCGGCAUAUUAUCAUCAUCAGCAACAGCAGCAGAAGAGGUUCAGUAUCUACAGCAGAAUACAGGACAAUAUGGAGCUCCCUAUUCAUAGUAACCAGAACAAACAGGCUCAAAAGCACCGCUCGCUCCCCGAACUUCGGAGAGAGGAGGGACAGGGAGGUGGGGAGGAGGUGCGUGGGAAGGAGGUGCAGCCUGCCGAAGCAGAGUACCUGAGCUCCAGGUGUGUCCUCUUCACUUACUUCCAGGGGGACAUCGAAGACGUGGUGGAUGAACACUUUUCCCGUGCCCUCAGUCAGCCCAGCGCGUUCACUAAUGAGACUAAGAGCAACAGACUGUCAUCCAGUACACCGUGGAAAGAUGGAAGCUCUCUUUCUGAUGGUCAGUGUGCAUCUUUAUCCUCCACUUUCUGGGGCAGCAGUUACCCAUCUCAGAGCUCCGUUCACCCUGACUUCCCCGCUACUGCUGCCUUUCACCCAGCAGACUCUGGUAUUUGGACUGGGCACAGUCUCCCCCAAUCCAGCUUGCCCCCUCCAGCCGCCCUCGCUGACUCCUGGCAUUACGGCCUGAGUGCCCAGAGUGGCGCUGGCUAUCCCCACGUGCAUGAGAUGUACCCCCACAUGCACCCACGAAAUAGCCACCCCCAUACCCACCAUGUGCUCCAUCAUGCCCACAACCCAGCCCUGGACCCCCGUUUCAGCCCCCUGCUGCUGCCCAGCGUGAGAGCGUCCUGCAGCCCUGCCCCCCAUUCUGAGGGAGUAAAGAGUGAGCUAGAGCCCAGCAACACCUCAGCAUCUAACUGGACAGCCUCUUUCCAUGGGUCUGUGGAUAUUUAUGAUACAGUGCUGGAGCAAGAAAAAGCCAAGGCAUCCAUCUGGUUCUGA